UUGAUUUUCCAAUGACGUUCCUCCUGGGCGUGUACGUGUAAUAAAAAAGAUAUAUGUAUAUAUAUAUAUAAAAAACACUUUUUUGACAACAGUCUGAGUGUUUCUGGACCACCGGAGGACCUACAAAAACGUAUGUUAACAAAAUGGCGUCAUCAGCAGACAUUCUAGCCAAAGCCAACACCACCUUCUGCUUGGAUCUGCUGAGAAGAUUAAGCGACGAGGACAAGACUGCAAAUGUCUUCUUCUCCCCUUUCAGCAUCUCUUCAGCCCUCGCCAUGGUGAUGCUGGGGGCUGCUGGCAACACAGCCUCACAGAUGGCAGAGUGUCUGAAAAUUGAAGGCCAUGAUGAAAUCCAUGCCAGCUUUGCCAAAGUGCUGCUGGAGCUGAACAAUCCAAAAUCACUUUAUGCCCUCAGUGUUGCCAACAGGCUGUAUGGGGAGAAGUCUUACACGUUUGUUGAGGAUUUUCUAGCACAAACUAAAACACACUACAGAGCAGAGCUGGAGUCUGUGGACUUUAUAAGAGGACAUGAGGCAGCAAGGAUCAACAUCAACAAAUGGGUAGAGAAUGAGACACAAGGUAAGAUUACGGACAUACUGAUCCCAGGUGUGUUGAACGACAGGACCAGGCUGGUGCUGGUCAAUGCCAUCUACUUUAAAGGCGACUGGAUCCAGAAGUUUAAAGAGAGUUCAACACGUGGCGCUCAAUUUAGGAUUAACGAGAAUGUAACCAAACCAGUGAAGAUGAUGCAUCAACAAUCCACAUUUCCUUUGACUUUCAUAUCUGAAGCCAACUGCCAGAUCUUGGAGCUGCCUUACAAAGGGAAGGAUCUCAGCAUGCUCAUCUUUCUCCCCAUGAGUAUGAAGGGUGACUCAACUGGUCUGGAAACGAUAGAGACGCAACUGACCUAUGAGAACUUCCUGGAGUGGACUCGUCCAGAUAUGAUGGACGUAGUUGCGGUCAAGGUGGGGCUGCCUCGGUUUAAGAUGGAAGAGAAGUACAACAUGAAGAAUGUCUUGGUCAGCAUGGGGAUGUCAGAUGCCUUCAACAUGUCAAACAGUGAUUUUUCUGGCAUGUCUCCUGCCAAGGACCUGGUCUUGUCAAAUGUGAUCCACAAGGCCUUUGUGGAGGUGAAUGAGGAAGGAACCGAGGCUGCUGCUGCCGCCUGCGCCAACGAGAGUUUCUUAGGGUUACGCUGUAUCUCGCGAACACAUGUCUUCAUCGCUGACCAUCCCUUCCUCUUCUUCAUCCGCCAUAACCCGUCCAUGAGCGUGCUUUUUGCAGGCAGAUAUUGCUGCCCCGUGUGAGUUUAUGCUCCUCGGCUUCAUAUUAACCACUUGAGGAGGGAAUCACCACUUGAGUGGGCUGCUAAUGAGUGAUUCCAGGAUGCUUCUGCUUUUAACCACGGGUGUUCAACUACUGCAGGAACUCUUUCACACUAUUAGAGGUGAGUAAUUGUUAAUUAUGGCUCUUUUAUGGAGGUUAAUUUGUGUCUUUAUUACGAAAGCUUUUUUCUUUUAGACUGAAUUUAUGUAACUUAAUUUUUUGUGUUCAAAUUUUGUAAACUGAUUUUUUUUUACAUCAAAUUAUACUGACAAUUUUAUUGAAUGAAAGUUUUUUCAGUGCUUUAAAAUCCUGGUAAUAAAAAUUCAGUGUAUAAAAAUCCAGCGCAGAAAAAAUUGCUGCCUCGAACCUACUUUAGGUCAAUUAAGAUAAAAACAAAAAAUUCUGUCCCAGAAGUAGGCAAUGAGGGGUCAAGUUUGAAGUCACGGGUCUUGCAAAGCAGCAGAAAGGCAGUUAAGUGGGCUGCAUGGGCAUAAUACUACAUAAUGAACUUUUAAAUGAUUACAACGGUUAAAAUCUUAUCAGUCAUUAUUGUGUGAUCAGCUUUUAUCCUUUUUUGCAGAAUCUUGGGAUUUUGCAAAGUAUAAACAAACGUAACGUUUUGCUUACAGCAAACAAGUUACGUUUGUGUAUACCUUUCUUCUGGUGCCUAUGCCUGUUUAUCUUUUGAUUCCUGUGCUAAGUUUCGCCUUAGCUCCCCAUGGUUGUUUGUAUUUUUGUAUUU